GGGCCCACUGCUCUUUCCUUCCCUCCCCUGGCAUCAUGAGGGGAGUGGCUCCCUGGCUGGGAGCCCUGCUGGCGCUGAGCUGGGUGCUACGGUCGCACUGUCAGCCCCUCUUCACCCUCAUCACUCCCAAUGUCCUGCGUCUGGAGAGUGAGGAGCAGGUGGUCUUGGAGGCUCACGGGCAAAACCAAAACCUGGAGGUAGACGUCACAGUCCAGGAUUUCCCCCAGAAGAGACAGGUCCUCUACAAUGAGAAGAUCAUGCUGUCCUCAGACAAUGAUUACCUGGGCAUCAUCAAGAUCAAGCUUCCAGCCAAGGAUAUCAAGAAGGACUCAAAAGCCAACAAGUACGUCAACAUCCAGGCCAAGUUUGGAACUGUGGUUGUGGAAAAGGUGGUGUUGGUGACGUUUCACAGUGGCUACCUUUUCAUCCAGACUGACAAGACCAUCUACACCCCAGGGUCUACAGUCUUGUACCGGAUCUUUACCGUGGGCCACAAGCUGGAACCUGUCUCCAAGACGCUGACCAUUAACAUUCAGACCCCUGAGGGCAUCACCAUCAAGAGUGACUCUCAGAAGAAACAAGGCAUCGUGAGCCUCGCUUGGGCAAUCCCUGAGGUGGUCAACCUAGGACAGUGGAAGAUUGUUGCACACUACGACGAUGCCCCCGAGCAGACCUUUUUCGCCCAGUUUGAGGUGAAGGAGUAUGUGCUGCCCAGUUUUGAGGUGGUGGUGGAACCGACCGAAAAGUUCUAUUACAUUGACGACCCAGAGGGACUGUCUGUGGACAUCACAGCCAGGUUCCUGUACGGGAAGAUGGUAGAAGGCACCGCUUUUGUGCUCUUUGGAGUGAACACAAAGGAAGGAAAGAAAAGCAUUCCAGCAUCACUGAGCCGUGUUCAGAUCAUGGAUGGCCACGGGGAGGCCAAACUGCCGAGCAAAAUGCUGCUGCAGCAGUUCCCAGAUGUCAACCAGCUGAUCAACCUUUCCCUCUAUGUCUCCGUCACUGUCAUCCUGGACUCAGGGAGCGAUAUGGUGGAAGCGGAGAAGACUGGGAUCCCCAUCGUGACCUCGCCAUAUCAGAUCCACUUCACCAAGACACCCAAGUACUUCAAGCCAGGCAUGCCCUUUGAGCUUACGGUGUUCGUGACGAACCCCGAUGACUCUCCUGCCAGCCACAUCUCCGUCAAAGCCCGGGAGUUCAAAGUGGAGGCUAUGACUCACAAGGAGGGCACCGCCAAACUGGGCAUCAAUACUCCCAACAACAAGAACCCCAUCACUAUCACUGUCCAGACAGUGGUAGCCAACCUCCCAGAAUCGCGUCAAGCUUCCAACCAGAUGGUGGCUCUGCCCUACCUCACCCAGGAAGGGUCCCAAAAUUACCUGCACCUCUCGGUGCCCAGCUCUGAGGUGCUGCCUGGAGAAAAUCUCAACAUCAACUUCAACAUCAAGACCGAUGGGCCAAAUGUCCAGAAUCAGAUACGCUACUUUACCUACAUGAUUCUCAACAAGGGCAAGAUCCUAAAAGCAGGACGCCAGGCACGGCAGGUGGGGCAAGACCUGGUGGUGCUGGCCCUGCCCAUCACGCCCGAGUUUAUCCCCUCCUUCCGCGUGGUCGCCUACUACCAGGUGACCCUCCAGAAUGGGAAAAAGGAGGUGGUGGCUGACUCGGUGUGGGUAGAUGUGAAGGACACCUGUAUGGGCAAGCUGGUGGUAAAAGGCGACAAGGAUAAAAACCAACUUCCAGGCAAACAGAUGAAACUGAAGAUUGAAGGGGACCCUGGGUCCCGUGUAGGACUGGUAGCUGUGGACAAGGGUGUCUUUGUGCUGAACAAGGAGAACAAACUGACUCAGACCAAGAUCUGGAAUGUGGUGGAGAAGAGUGAUAUCGGCUGCACCCCAGGGAGCGGGCAAAACUACGCCGGCGUGUUUGGGGAUGCUGGGCUGGCCCUACAAAGCAACAUGGCACUCAAAACUGAGCAGAGGACAAACCUGGAGUGCCCCAAGCCAGCCCAACGCCAUCGCCGUUCCGUCCAGCUCAUGGAGAAGAGGACAGACAAAGCGAGUCAGUACCAGAACCUGGCCAUCCGGAAGUGCUGUUUGGAUGGAAUGAGAGUGAACCCAAUGGGCUACAGCUGUGAGAAGCGGGCGACCUACAUCCUGGACAAGGGGGAGUGUACAAAGGCCUUCCUGGACUGCUGUAACUACAUCAAGGAAGUGCGGCUGCAGAAGCAGAGAGACAACAAGCUCAACCUAUCCAGAAGUGAAGUGGAUGAGGACCUCCUCCAAGAUGAUGAAUUUGUCUCUCGGAGCCAGUUCCCAGAGAGCUGGCUGUGGCAAGUGGAGGAACUCUCAGAUAAACCAGACAAAACCGGUGUCUCCUCCAAAACCCUCAACAUCUUCCUGAAGGACUCAAUCACCACCUGGGAGGUGCUGGCUGUCAGUCUGUCCGACACCAAGGGGAUCUGCGUGGCCGACCCUUACGAGAUCACCGUCAUGCAGGACUUCUUCAUUGACCUGCGUCUGCCCUACUCGGUGGUGAGGAAUGAGCAGGUGGAGAUCCGGGCAGUGUUGUACAACUACAACGAGCAAAAUGCCAUUAAGGUGCGGCUGGAACUGCUCCACAACCCGGCCUUCUGCAGCGCCUCCACCUCCAAGAAGAAAUUCCAGCAGGUGGUGGAGAUCCCGGCCAAGUCUUCCCGAGCCAUACCCUUUGUCAUUGUACCCCUGGAGAUUGGCAACCACGACAUUGAGGUCAAGGGGGCUGUCUAUGGCCAGUACAUCACCGACGGUGUGAAGAAGAAGCUGAAGGUUGUGGCGGAGGGGAUGCGCAUGUCCAAGACGGUGAAAGUCAUCACCCUGGACCCAGUGGUUAAAGGGAAACAAGGUAAGCAGGAGGAAAACAUCGAAGCACCCGAUCUCCGGGACAUGGUUCCAGGCACUGAGUCCGAGACCAAAAUCGGCGUCCAAGGUGAGACUUGGUCUGUCAGCUUCACCUAUGGGGGAGAGGCCUUGAGUCUUUGGGAUGGGGCUGGCUGGAUCGAAGGAGACAGAGGGAGAGAGAAAUGGAGAAAGAGAGACAGAGAGCAAGAGACAGAGCAAAAGAGAGACAGGAAGUGGCCCACCGCAACUGAGCCUCCCCGGUGCCUGAAGGGGAUUGUCUUGGUGGGGAGGAGGACAGGGGUCCUGGGGCCCUGGGAGUUAGUUUGGCUUGGUUUCCAAAAGGGGAAGAUCACUUCCUGUUGGGAACUGAGAGCGGGGGAACCCAACUCCCAGAGAGGAGCUGACCUGCUGCACCUGUAG